CGUCAAUACAACUUCUUCCUCGGGUGAUGGAGAUCGUAGGUCCAAAGACCUUGUAAGCGGAACACGGCCUUCAAAUUUAUAAAUAGGAAUGUUUAAUUCUCCAUUUCGUAUCGAGAAGUAUCUGUCAUUUGCAUGCAAAACAAGUCAACCUGUUCGCUGUCAUCUUAGGUCGAUAGUCUAACAUGGUUAACGCUAGAGAAUUUGAAGUUGUUUUUCGCCACCUUGAUGAGAAUGGUGAUGGGAAGGUUUCACCAUCUGAGUUAAGUCGUCGUCUAGGUUUGAUUGCAGGAGAGUUUCUCGUGAAGGAGGCAGAACUUGCUGUAGAGUCGUUGGACUCAGACGGAGAUGGCUUGUUGGGAUUGGAAGAUCUUGUUAGACUAAUGGAAGCUGGAGGUGAAGAAGAGAAGUUGCACGAUUUGAGAGAGGCUUUUCGCUUGUAUGAUAUGGAUAAUUGUGGGUUUAUCAGAGCCAAGGACUUGAAAACAAUGCUUGGUAGACUUGGAGAGUCAAGAUCAAUUGAUGAAUGCGAAGUGAUGAUAAACAAGUUUGACCUUAACGGGGAUGGUGUUCUUAGCUUUGAAGAAUUUAUGAUUAUGAUGAAAUGAUGUUCUUAGAAUCUUAUGUAUUGUAUUAUAGCAUAUCAUGCUCUUCACCAGUUGUUUCUUUUAUGUGAUUCUUGGGUUCUUCAUUUCUUGUAAGUUGUAAACAUAAUGAAAGUUUCUUUUAUUGUUU